AUGAGCGGAACCAGCCUUGAUCCAGCAACCUACAACCCCAUCUCUACCGUUUCCCCCGGAUUCCCUUACCACAUCAGAUUCAGUAUCUGUACAGAGGUGUGGAUAAACGCGCGUUGCCGCUGUUUGUCGAUUACCACACGCAACUACAAGACAACAACAUUGACUGACGACGACGACGACGAACAGGAUCGUCGCCAUCAGUGCGUUACGCAAUUAAUCCGUACAGCGUCCGCCGAUUUCGGGACAUCAAUCGAAGAGAGACGAAAGAGCAGAGCCGGAGAACGUGUUUCGUUCAUUGGCCUUCACGUAACGGAGGAUUCAGGCUCAAAAAUGAUCUACAUAUUGCUGUUCUGUUUGUUGAUGGUACUGGAUGUUGGUUCACAACAGUAUGAAAAGGAAUAUUCGCCUCUGCUGGAUCAAAACACUUCACCGUUGAAUCCUGGAAUACACUUGAGACUUAUGCCAACUGGGUUGGCGUAUAUGCGUGAAAUUGGCAUGAAAGUCGUAAACGAUCAGAUAUUGAAAUUAUCGUUGCCAACAAUCCGGGAAAGAAUCGAAAAUGGCGAGGUAUCCAUCUACAGUGCACACAUAUCAAAAUAUUGGCCACCUCAGGAGUAUUCAUUGGAUCUCAUCGAACCAAACAUGUUCCAAUGGAGCAUGUCAAAAAUGCAUAUACGCGCAGCAGGUGAAUUCCAAGCGUCAAUAGCAAAUCCGUUACUGCUUACUGUACCCAUUUCUGGUUACUUUGAAGCUUUGCUGGGUCAUGUGGCGCUAACGAUUAGUGUACGAUUGGAAAGUAUUGGAUAUGUGGAUCUGAAUGUCAGGAAUACUGGUGUGAUCACGGACUUCUUCAUUAAUGCUUUCAAAGCUUUUCUCAUUGCACAUUUCAAACCACAAGUUGAACAAAGGAUGUGUAAAAUGAUUGAAACGAUCAUUAAUCAGGAUAUGAACCGGCUACUUACUACAAUGCCACUAAAGGUCAGGAUAAACGAGAACGACCUGGACAUUAUUGGGCAGACGUUUGGCAUUGCAAGACCAAAGAGCAAACUCGGGCAACAUGGCCUCAAGAACUUUACGCUUAUCCAUUUUGUACAAAAUCUUCGCGAAAAAAAUCUACUGCUUGACUACCAGCUUACAGCUGAUCCUUUUGUGCAAAAUGGCGCGAUUGCAAUGUUGGCAAAGGGUGAGAUCUCAUGGCGAGGAAAUGGCGGCACACCGUUCUAUCCGCCAAAUGUUCGUAUUCCAAUUCCACACGGAGUUCAUAUGGUUGAAUUCUUUGCAACGGACUAUAUUGCGAACUCUAUGCUCUAUCAUGCUUACAAGCAGCACCUAAUGGAUGUGAUCGUAGGACCGGAGAGCAGUCCACAGCUGAAAGAUUUGCUCUUCACGUCGUGCGGCACCGGCUUUUGCAUUGGCGAAUUCCUUGGUGCACUCGGAGACCAGUAUCCGAAUCGACAAGUUGAAGUGGUGUUCACUGCACGAAAAGCGCCGUUGAUCGUUUUCGUGGAGAAUCGUGCGCGAUUUAGGUUGCACGGCAGAAUGAACAUGUUUGUGAGGCCGAAUAAUGCACAGCAGGUGAAAGAAAUGAUCAUUCGGUCAGACACUACGUUGACGGCGAAUGUGAAUAUGUGGAUUAAUAACACCAAAGUUGUUGGAAAUGCCACUAUCGAGAACCUCGAUUUCAAACUGUUGGAAACGAAGAUUAACGACGUGGACCAGGCAUCGUUUGGAGACCUUGGCUUGUUUGGUGCGGAAUUUCUGGAAAAACUGCUCACUGAGAUCUUGCAGCUUGGCAUAACUAUGCCCUCAAUGCAAGGUGUUCAACUAAAAAGCCCUCGAUUGUCCUUUCAUGAAAGAUACUUGCGAGUUCAAACUUACUUCAAACUAGAUGAGACCUUCACUGGCGAUCUCGUACGGACGGCCGUUCGACAAACUCUAAGUCACGUUGGGUGA